GCGGCUCCCGGGCGCCCAGCUGGGACCGCGGCGGCGGCGGCGGCAGCCGGUCACUCCACCGCGCGGGCGGCGCACACCUAACUCGCCGGUCCCGGCGCUCUGGCUCCCGGAAGCGGAAGGGGAGCGCGGCCCGGCUAGGGCGGUGGCGGCGGGACUAGAGGAGGAGGAGGAGGAGGCGGAGGGGGAAGAAGCGGAGGUGGAGGGGGAAGAGCUGCCGGCGGCCGCGAGAACAGCGGCGGGGAGAGGCGAGCCCCCGGUGCCGAUUUGCACGGAGAACUGCUCUUGAGGAGAGAUCCAUUUGUUGGGAUAUAAUAAAAAGAAUGAAUCAAGAUAAAACCUCUAAAUGCAAGUACCAGAAAAAUUACAACACAUCUCAGUGAAUUUGCAGGUGGUUGAUCUUUCCUUGUGGGUUGGCAGGCAGUCAUAGGACUGCAAAAUGGGUCUCCGGAUUCACUUUGUUGCUGACCCACAUGGUUGGUGCUGCAUGGGUUUGAUUGUCUUUGUCUGGUUAUACAACUUUGUUUUAAUUCCCAAAAUUGUCCUCUUUCCUCACUAUGAAGAAGGACAUAUUCCAGGCAUAUUAAUAAUAAUAUUCUAUGGCAUUGCCAUAUUUUGUCUGGUUGCCUUAGUGAGGGCCUCAAUAACUGAUCCAGGAAGACUCCCUGAGAACCCAAAGAUCCCACAUGGAGAAAGGGAGUUCUGGGAAUUGUGUAACAAGUGUAAUUUGAUGAGACCAAAGCGUUCCCAUCACUGCAGCCGCUGUGGCCACUGUGUUAGGAGAAUGGAUCAUCACUGUCCAUGGAUUAACAAUUGUGUUGGUGAAGAUAAUCACUGGCUUUUUCUGCAGUUGUGUUUCUACACUGAACUUCUUACUUGCUACGCACUGAUGUUUUCUUUCUGCCACUAUUAUUACUUUCUUCCACUAAAAAAGCAUAACUUGGACCUCUUUGUUGUUAGACAUGAAUUGGCCAUAAUGAGACUAGCUGCCUUUAUGGGCAUUACAAUGUUCGUUGGAAUAACUGGACUCUUUUAUACUCAACUAAUUGGCAUCAUCACAGAUACAACAUCUAUUGAAAAGAUGUCAAACUGUUGUGAAGAAAUAUCGAGGCCCCGAAAGCCAUGGCAGCAGACCUUCUCAGAAGUUUUUGGCACUCGUUGGAAGAUCCUGUGGUUUAUUCCUUUCAGGCAGAGGCAACCACUGCGAGUUCCCUACCACUUUGCCAAUCACGUCUAAACAGAUGGAUGGUGGGCACAGAUGGGUCCUCCAUGCUGGAAAUGCGUUACAGGUUUUCUGAUAAUAGAACUAUGACAGUCUUCAAGUCAAUUAAAAUCCACCCACCAAUCUUAAGCAUCAUAAUGUGCCCCAGGCUUUAUUUUAAUAGUGAUCUUGAUCCUGUUGUGGGACUAAUACAUGAUCUAUACUUAAGUUUUAAAGCAUGUUUACUUUCAAAUUAGCUUUCCACAGGGAUUUCUUUAAAUGCUUUUGUUAUUAAACUCAAAAGGCAGUGAUUGGGAUGAAGUAAUUGUACAUAAUUUCUUUUAGUACUGACAGUGUUACAGAUUUUACUUUAUGGGAAACUUCGGAUGUUUAUUUAAAAUUUUCACCCUUAAGCAGUACUAACCAAAUCUGAAUUUCAUUCUUUAGGUUUUACAAAAAUUGAUACGCCUUAUAUGUAAAUUUUCUUUUUCAAAUACAAUUUUAUGUUAUACUUCCUUUUGUAUGUGCUGCAAGAUUUUUUAAAAUUUAGCAUAUAGGAUUGAACAACAACAACGAAACAAAAACAGCAACAAAAAGGACAGUGUUUUCUUAGAAGUAGCUUUCUAAUGUUUUUUUUUCUCUUCACCAAAAGCACCCUAAAGUAAAACACCAACUACCUACCUUAUUUUAAAGGAAAGAUUAAUUUUUUUUCACAUUAACUUUCCCAUUUCUUUCCCCUGUACUGUUGUAAUUAUUGGUUUUUGUUAAAAUAUUUGUUCCAAGGGGAAAUUUUUGACCAAACAGGCAUGUGUUCCUAUUUUACCCUAAGAUUUUUAUUAGCAAAAAGGGUAAAGAAUUUGCAAUAAUUCCACUGAUACCUUUUCUAGUGUAGUUAUGUUAGAAUGCAUAUGUUUUUAAAAUGCUAGUAUAGGGCUCCCCUGGUGGCGCAGUGGUUGAGAGUCCGCAUGCCGAUGCAGGGGACACGGGUUCGUGCCCCGGUCCGGGAUGAUCCCACAUGCUGCGGAGCGGCUGGGCCCGUGAGCCAUGGCCGCUGGGCCGGCGCUUCCGGAGCCUGUGCUCCGCAACGGGAGAGGCCACAACAGUGAGAGGCCCGCAUACCGCAAAAAAGAAAAAAAGCUAAUAUAACUAGAUAAUAUAUAAUGUAUAGUAUAAAGAAGAAUAUUGUGCUUUAAAAAAAAUAUGUAUACUUUUUACUUUUGUUUACCUACUAGUAGAUCUAAAAUUACACCUUGAAGGUUUUUAUAUAAUAGAUAUUGGCCAACUAAUAUUGAAAUUUUAUUUAUAGGAAGUUACUAGUAAAAGUAACUUUUGUGUACCUGUAAUCACCCAGAUUGAAAUUAAAUUUUAAUUGACCAACUAUAAUCUGGAUUGAGAGACCAUUUUUAGUAGCCAAUGUUAGGAAAUGACCUUAAAAUGAGAAAAUAUAAUCUAUAUUCAUUAUUAGCCUUAUACAGAUUUAAAUUGCUAAUUGUGAUGGUCUCUUGGAAAGCAUAGAAUAUUUGUGUGAGAAAAAAUUGAGCAUGGUUUGAAAAAAAUUCAGUUAAAAAUUUUUUUCCAUUAGAAUACUGCAAAAUCCAUAUAUCUUUAAAAAACUAAUUAUGUACUCAGCCUUUCCCUUGAAGAGAGGAUUGAAGGGGUAUCUAGUGUUCUUGGAGCAUAUCAAUAUUUUCUUUUUGGUUAGUUUUGGUAGUAAGGAGUCAUACCUGAGAAAUCAUGAAACAGAAGGUUACCAUUGUCAGCUAGUUAACUGUACUGUGGUUAUUUUUUAGAAAUUAUAAAUAUCUCCUAAAAUAAUAGAAUAAGGUCUACUCAGAGAUACAAGUACCAUGUCUUUCAUGUUCUGAUUACAGUGCUUUAUUAUUUAAAAACUUAGUGGCAGAUGGAAAUAUUUAUUGGUGCUGAUAAGAUUCAUAGUAAAUUUAAUAUAAGAAGUAUAUUUAUAGAGCUUAAUGAACCACAAAAUUAGUACAUAUAUUCAUUCCAGGCAGAUGGGUUGGGUUUUGACCAAAUUUGGCCUGGUGACUGAACUGUUAUAAGGAGUAACGUGUAGAUAAUGUAGAUAGAUGUCAGUCAGAUGCCUUAUGCUGUAUACAUUCCUUUCAAAUAAGGACAUUGAGAAAACAGCAAAGCCAAGUGAAGACCCCCUAAAGAGCUUUAUGGACGAAUUUAUACUUCAUAUGGUAGCAGUAGCUACCUUGAAAGGUACCAGGGAGGUACUGAGUGCCAACCUCUGUCUCAGUAAUGAGAAUCAAGAGGUGGUCUCUUUCCCACUCUAACGGUUUCUGGUCUUGGUUUUCUUAGGUUCCCCACUUCUAGGGCACCUCUUCCCACCUUUCUCUUUACCUUCCCUGAUCCCUCUGUACCUGAUUUCUUUAAAUUACUGGAAUACAAACUAAUGCACUAGGCAAGGCAUAUAUUUAUUUUUGUUUGAAUGGCAGAAAUGCUACCUAUCAAUAUAUUUAUGUAGGAAUCUAUAUAAAGUAUAUCUAUAUAUACUUACGCUGUAACUUUCAGUAUUUCAGAGUUAGCACACCUAACUGGGUUUUAUGAUUCUUGUUAGACAACUUGAGAGAGAACACCUGGCACUUUCCUGGGGAGUCCAUAAACUCUAGUGUGCUCUCUGCGCCCUCUUUUGGCUAAUUGAUGUAAUUAUACUGGCUCUAGAGAUGUGUUGCCCAAAUGAAAUGUGUACCCAAAUUCUGAACAUUUCAGAGGUACAAACUUAAGGGAAGCCUAUGUACAAAAAUGUAAGGUUUUAUGAAAAUUAAUGUGUUCCUAUUUAUGAUUCUGAUGUCUGGUUCAUACAUAUAUGACUACUUUGCUUCAUUUAUGUAUAUUCAUAUUAUAUUUUUUACUAUCAGACAAAUUUAUAUCAGAUCAGGAUAAAUAAAUAUAAACCAUUUCAUGAAUUUUAUUUUGAACCUUAUUUUGGCAAAUUAAGUCCUUAGAAUUAAAAAGUCAUUACCUUAAAAUUACCAAUUUAUUACAAAACAAAUUUAUCGUAGUUACAAUGGCAAGCCAGUGUCUAAUGUGUUUUACUGAAUAUCUAAAAAAAAACAUUCAGUUUUUUAAUCCCAGUUUUGGAAUGAUUUUUUUAACUGAUUCAAUUGCAUUAAAAUAAUAAGAGAUUAAUAAUUCUUUCUAUACUUCUCUUCAUUCUUUUUAACUUUCCUGCUGUGAGUUAGAGCUGUAGCUUUAGCAGCCAAUUUAUUAUAUAUUCUGGAUAACCCUGAAAAUAACUAAUGAUGUUGAGCAUUAGAAAAUAAUUAUAAGCAGUGAGAUUACUGAUGUAAUCUGUAUAUUGGAUGAAGUAUUUCGUUAUAAACAUUUCAUUUCAUUUUAAGCGAAAUGUAUUUUAAAGGAUGUUUUACAUUCAGCAAAGUCAUUAAUUGGACUUCUGGAAAUGAAAGUAGUUGUUAAGUACUUGUUAUAAAUUGCACCUCUUGAACAAUUAUAUUUGUUGCUCUUCUUUUCUGCAAACAAAAAUGUUUAUGGGCUCAAGAUUGUAGGCAAAAAGUGACUGAGUUCAGAAUUUUAAAAAUAUUGUUAGCUGAUGUUCCAUUGUGAAAAAAAUACUAUUUUGCUUCAGAGUUGUAUUAAAAAUAUUUGUGGUUAACAUAAGAGGUAGAUAUACUUAAAAUAUUAAUAUGUUAAUGUCUUUGAACAGAAGAAAGCAUAGUUUACUUUUAAGUAAUAGAAAUAGAGAACAUAAGCAUAAAGUUUAGUGUAACAGCUAAGUUAAAACUUCUGUCAGAAUGAACAUCAGUGAAUGUUUGCUAAUGCUUAGAGGUAUUUUUCUCUAAGGAUGGCGGCUAAUUAUAACUGUUCUUCAUCAGGCUUUUUCAAGUCACUUUCCUACAAAUAAUUAGUUGAAGGUGUGUCACCCAAAAGGGUGUAUUAAUGCUCAUCAUAAAGACUUGAGUUAGGGCAACACCUCCACCCAGGAAGUAUGAAGUAGUUUUGAUUAUAACCACAUACCUUUCUAUGUGUUAGAUAAUGGAGCAGUUUGAAUGUUCUCACAUAUGUUGGUAUAAAAUCACAAUGUAUCCAGCUCUAGUUUACAGUGGUAUUAAUAUUAACAGAGCUGCUAGUCUUUCCCUGGACUUUUCUCUAGUGUCUACUUCCCUUGUGCUUCAUGUAUGAAUAGACUACUUAGCUCAAGUUUACUAAACUAUUGCUGCUUCAUUAAAUAAGUUUUUGACAUGACCUCUAUAUAUGUAGAUAUAUCUAGAAUUUACUUGGUACAGUUUACACUUACAAACAUUAAAUAAUUUAUUAAUAGUUAUAAGUAUUAGAUUUUUUACCCAAUUCUACUACUGUUGCUUUCAAAAAUAUAAGUACUGGCAAAUGUAGUUAGUAAGUCAUGUACAUUUAGUAUGUUCUACUUGCUAGUAUUAGUAACCAUAUAAUUAACAAAUGAAUGAGUGUAUUAUUUAAUGUCCACAUUUGUUACUUUCGAUCCUAAGAAUCCUCUGAAUUUCUCUGUAAAUCACAAAUUUCAUUAUGCUCUGAAUUUAGCCAUUCUCAAUUGAAUUCUAGAAUAUUCUUCAGCAGAAUGUGAGAAAGUAAUAGAACCAACUUGCUGGAAGUAUUUUGAACCAAUGUUGUUCUUAUGUAUAUCAAUCAGUAUUUAGCAUUUCAGCUGCAUUUAGGAUGAUGAUGGUUUAACUUCAGGAAGUGUUUUCUCUGAUGUCUCCUUUCAUUAUCAUUGUGCAAUUUUUAACAACAAAAUUUACUACAUUUCUGUCUGUUCUUCAGAUGUUGUAAUACUACCUGCUAGUGCUAAUUUGAAACAGAAAUAGUAAUGGUGUUUAUCCUUAUGUCAUUGGUAUUUUCUAUUAUCAUUAUUUUUUUUACUAUUAUUAUUUCCUUUUUCCCUUGUCUACCAUAGAGGACAGGUACAAAUGAGUAGUGAGUAGCCAGAAUUAGAUAAAGAGAGUAUUAAGAUGGAGAGAAGGCUAGACAGAGCAUGUAUAAUCAGCAUCUCAGCAGAAGGGUUUACUGGAUACAGAAUCUGUGACGUCAGAGAAUUCCUGUGCUACAAUCAUUUUAGCCUUAUCUCUUGUUGACACUGUUUCACUGUAAGAGUUGUUGAUGCGUGUAAGCGUUUAGUUUGAGUUAUUUUAUCCAAGGAGUGUAUAUUGCUGAUUCUUGUCAGCUAGUCAGAUGCCUUUAAGAAAUUAUUUUGAUUUUUAAAUAUCGGAAGUGUACAGUGUACGCUAACAUGAAGUGUCAGGAAUUAUGCGAAAGUACAGCUACUUAAUGCCAAGCAGAAAUGAAUAGGUUGCCCAAGGUUUGAUUGAAAAAGCUGGGACCUUUUUAUAAGUCUCCUCUUGCAGAGAAAGGAUAUACUAAGUAUUGUAGUAAAAUCUGUCAACAGAGGGAAAAUCAACAGUUUGUAUAUAAAGGGUGCUUUUUACUUUAAAAUUUGGACUAUUUCAGUUUUUCAUAUCUUGAGAGUCUCCGUAGCUAUUGGUAUUUUGAAUCCCUGUAACAUGUAAUGUGGUGUUUACCACAGUUGUUCAACACUCUGAUCUUUUGGGUAUUGAUAGCUUUAUAUCUAAACAGAGAUAUGGACAAAACAGUAGCAAUGUAAGGUGGUCUUUUUGUGGUUUUGCUUGUCUGUUGACUAAAUAAGGGUUUACCUGGGUAGGCUGUCAAGUAAAGGGAGAGCUAGUCUGCAUAUUGCACACUCGGUGUUCUUGCCAGGGUGUGUCGGGUGACAUUUGAACUACUGGUGCCUGAAGUUAGUGUUUCACAGCCUCAACAGCUAAGACAUCCUGGUGCUACUCACUUUAGCAUUGAGUGACAUUUUUAAUUCCCGUACCAAAGAGUUAAUUUUCUUUUUGGUUCACUGAGUUUUCUUCUCACAUCCUUGUGUUUAUAAAGUAGAAUUUAAUGUCACUAAGAACAAUUUUGAUUAAUAGAUCUUAGUUUUUGCACACUGCUGCCUCAAUUUAGUUGGCUUUAAAUGUCUCUCACUUGGUCUGUUUUUUUCUUUUUUGCUUAGAAAGUAAAGUAAAAAAAAAAGAGGUUUUUUUUUUUUUUUUUACUUAAUAUGGUCUUUAAUUUUGUAUUUUCGUAUAGAUUGGCUACUUUAAAAAGUAGUUUAAUAGGUCGAACUUACAAAGAUAAUUGAAACACUUUACACAAGAUUUUUUUGUUUUAUUCUGCAGGAAUAAAUGAGAAAUAAUAAGUCUUAUCUCUACAGAUGAACUCUGUAGCUUGUUGGGUCCUUUUAAUAAAUGCUAAAGCAAAAUGCUAAAAGGAGAAGUUAAGGGCCCAUUCUGAUUACAGAUGAAGAAUUUUGCAUCUGUGUGUGUGUAGGGGUGUGUGUGUGUGUGCGCGCGUGUGUGUGUGUGUGUGUAAUCCUUAGUGGUAUUAAAGAAUGAUAAUUGCCAUUUGUCUGUUUUGUGAAUAAAGAUAAAAUUAAAGAACGUUUUAAAAAUAUACGCAUAUGUGAUAUAUGUAUGCACACAUACACGCGCACACACACACUCUUGCCCAAGAGGAAAUGCAAAACUUUGAUUUAAAAGCAAAACGAAAAUUGAACUUUACCCAAAAAAAAGCCUGGAUGUUGUUACUCACUUUACAUAAGUUAGAGUUAAGAGUAUUUUUAAAACUAAUUCUGCUUAGUGAUUCAUUUUACAAAAAAUGGGAGAGAACAUCCUUUAGAAGUAGUUGUCCAAAUGUAAUACUGCUAUGUGUACUAUCCUGGUUCCCUAUUUUUUUCCACAGACUUCUAAAACACUCAUUUAGUGUCCUUAAAAAAACUGUAGCUGAAAUGAUUAAAAAUUUUGGCAAGAAUAUAAUUGUGUGUAUGUACUGGAAAAGUAGACAAUCACAUUUGAGAAUGUUUUGCAUAGUUUUCAAUCAACUAAAAUCACUCUGUCUUUGAAUGUAGAUACAGUAUAUGGUUUUGCAGUGAAUUCUGAAUGGAAAAAAAUCAAGUCAAACUAGUGUGAGAUGUGACUUAGGAUCAUUUGAAUGAUAUGUAGAAAUACAGAUGUACAUAUUUUUAGGGGUAAAGACAAAAUUUAAAAGCAAAAUGGGAAGAGACAACAUUGUCUCUCUCUGUCAACAAUAUAUUUUCUAGAUUUUGUUGUGACAAUAUCAGUUCUGAGUUACUCAGCUUGUUUAUGUGUUACUUAAAUUAAUGUGGCUGAAUGCAGUUAUUUGUUCAAGUUAUUGGAUAGUAGAAGAUUCACAACUAUCUGCUCUCCUCCAGAGAUGAAUAUUAAAAAGAAAUAUCUACUUUAGCAUAGGUACAAUAAAGCGACUAAAUGAUACAAUAGGAAGAAGUUUCUCCACAAUUGGAGAUACUCAGACAAAUCAGUUGCAGGUCUAACCUGGGGGAAUGGAAUAGGCUUUUGGGAGAACUGAGCGUAGAUGAUGUUGCUUGUAGGAGCUUUAUGUCCCUGGAAUUAGUCUUUUUAAAAUGUGACUGGCAAGUUUAAUGAAUAGGCAAAAUUUGUGAUAUUUCAAGGCUCCUAAAAUUUUGUGUCAACCUCAAUGGUGUCUAAUAUUAUAUCCCUAAAAUAAAAGAUUUUAUUUUAAUAGUGGUAUGUUCCAAGUGCCAUAUGACGAUCCUGUUUUUACAUUUAUCAGGCAUUUUUUCAUUCAGUGCAUAUGUUUAAAUCUGAGUGCUGUUUUGCUGCAUGUCUGUUUUACCUUGUCAGUUACCCUAAGAGCAUUUAAAGAAAAAUCUUCACUGACAUUUCUUGUGCUAAAGGUAAUAAGGAAAAUGGUAGUUGAGGGAUAUGAGAAUAGAUUGAGAAGAGGGAGGAAAAUGACAGGUGGGAGGCAUGUAUGUAUCUGAGAUAUACUUGUUUAAAUGAAAAGUCGACACUGGUUCUUAAAAUGAAAAACAAACCAUGUAUCUAGCUUAAGAACGGUGUUUUGUUUUUAAUUUAUUUUAACGAUUUAGUUUUAUUCAUGUAAUAUUUCUGUUUUCUUUGCAGAUUGUUUUUAAUUUAAAUUGUGGAGUUUUUACUUCUCUUGAAAUGUAUUAUGUACUGUAUUUUUAGAAAUCUUAUUUUUAAAUAAAUAUUUUUUAAAAACAUAGGACUGUUCUUCUCCCCCACCUCUGUAUUUAUUAAAAUCAACCCAAAUUCUAGAUUUCAGCACUAUCAGUGUGGCAGGCCACUUUGUUUAGUUUCAUGCAAUUUGGAUAAUGAUUCAUACAUAAUAGCCUUAGGAUUUUGUUCUGUUAUAAUCUCAAAAUUGUUUAUAUAUUCAAGAAAAACUGGGUAUACAUAGUAGGGUUGAAAUUGACAAAUGCAGUAUUUCUUGUUAGGCAUAUUUGUUUAGAGAUGACCCAACUGGCUGGAUUCAGUCACCCCGUUUAUUUAACAUUUAUUGUGCCAGACAGUAUUUUAUGGAACUAUUUUUUCUUUGUGGAAUAAUUUACAUAAAAUAAAAUGCAGAGAGUAUAUAUCUAGGCAUUGUUUUAGAUCUAGGGGUAUUAAGUUACCUAGAGCCUUUGCUGUUAUGGAGUUAUAGUCUAAGAGUAUGUGGGUAGCUUUUUAUUGACAAAUUUCCUAAGUCUCAACUAAUUGCUUUACUUGUAUAUGCGAGAAGUGAGAACAGAGACGUGUAUAUUAGUGGGUAUAAAUUGGUCAAAAAUAUCUGAAAAGACAAAUCAGUAUGUCUUAGAAACAAUGAAGGUAUAGAAACUGAGAUUGAAAGAUAGGGGCUUAACUUUAUUUUAAAAAUCCCUUCUUAAAUUUUUAUUACCAGAAAAGUAAUGUUGAUAAAUACUCUGAAUUAACAGAUAAGUUAAACGACUUGAUAGAGUUUCAGAUAAAACUAUAAACUUUGCUGCAUUGGUAAAUGAAAGCAAAUUGUUGCAUGCUGACAAACCUUAAAGGAUUAUAAAACUUUAUUCUUGUUCCUUUUUCAAUUUCCUUUGCUCUGAUUCAAAGCAGCAUUUAAAAUAGUUGUGCUUUCUCAGUGAUGAUAAAUUAUAAUUCUCAAGCUUUUUGGUCUCAGAACUCCUUUGUAUUCAUAAAAAUUAUUACAGGCCCCAAGGAGUUUUUGCUUAUGUAAAUAGUCUUUA